UAAUGUGAAUUUGAUUCCAAAGAAUUUUUGACAAGAACAUAUCUAAAUUCAAUGCAUUAUCUUUUCUCUUUACCCUAAAUUUAAAUUCUUUAAAGCUAACUUAAUUUAACACACUAUAAAUAUGAAUAUUUAUGGCCUUUCAAAAACAUAACUAACCAUGGAGAGAUGUGUUUACUGCAAGACAUUUUUCAAAAGGCCGAUUCAAGCCUCAUUUUUGCAGUGUCCUACUUGUCGUGCUAUUCUGCCACAAUCCAACAACUACAAUACAAAUGUUACUUCUCCAAAUCACUAUAAUGGUGGUGUGAAUAAUGGCUAUUCUUACUAUAUUCAUCCUCAUGUGGCUAACAAUUACCAUCCACCGGUUUAUUCACCUUAUGGAAGGAGAAGGGCCGUGGUUAUUGGAGUGAGCUAUAAUAAUAAUGAGAAGAAUAGAGUUUAUGGGAGCGUGAACGAUGCAAGAUCCAUGUCGUCUUUUCUUAUCAGGAGUGGGUUUCCCAUUGAAUCUAUCUUCGUUCUCACAGAGGAGGAGAAGCACCCUUCUCAAUUGCCAACAAAAUACAACAUUCAAAUGGCAAUUCGUUGGCUCCUUUAUGGAAGCAAAUCUGGCGAUUCGCUCAUCUUCUUUUUUUCUGGUCAUGGCUCACGAGUUAGCGACACUAAUGGGGACGAAGAGGAUGGUUACGACGAAUCCCUAUGCCCUUUUGAUUACGCAACUCAAGGAAAGCUUUUGGAUGACGAACUAAAUGAGACUUUGGUGAGACCUUUACCAUAUGGAGCCAAACUCCAUGCCAUCAUCGAUGCUUGCUAUAGCGGAACUUGCCUUGACCUACCAUUCGUUUCCACCACCAAUAAAAAGGGAUUUCUUGGUUGGGAAGAUCAAACUAUUUCAGCUACAUAUAAGGGCACGUUUGGAGGGAAAGCACGUUGUUUCAGUGCUUGUGCCGAUCAUGAGUCCACACUCGAUACAACGGCAUUAACAGGCAACUAUGUUACUGGUGCCAUGACCUAUAGUUUUAUCCAAGCCUUGCAGCAAACAAAAGGUCUACUCACUUAUGGCCACCUUCUUCAAACCAUUCGCCUUAAGCUAGUCGAGGUUCAACAACGUCAAAACAGUUCCAACACUAUAACUACGGUGCCUCAGCUAUCCUCAAACCAGAUGUUCGACGUCCAUUCAGAAUAUUUUACUAUGUAGACAAGGUUUGAUCUAUCUAUCAAAACAAAUAACUGCAGCAAGCAACAUGGAAAGGAUUUCGAUAUUAUAUUGUUCUUACGUG